AUGACGUCGGCACAUCAUCAAAAGUUACGUACCAAUAGAGAAAUCUUAACAAGUGGUAAAAGUUAUGUUAGUAAAAAAAAGAAAUCGCAUUCAGUAGAAGAGGUUUUGUUUGAUAAAGACUCAAGAUUGGAUUUUCUAACUGGGUUUCACAAGAGAAAAGUAGAAAGACAGAAAAAAGCCCAAGAUUUCAUUAAAGAACAGGAACGCCAGAUGAGAAUUGAAGAAAGAAAAAGAGUUAGAGAUGAGAGAAAAAAAGAUAUGGAGGGACAACUAAUAAAGUUAAAAGAGUCUAUGAAAGAGGUUGGUGAUUAUGUAGGAAGUGACAAUGAAAAUGAUAUUGAUAGUAAGGAAGAGGAGGAGGAGGAGGAGUGGAAUGGUUUUGAUGAGGAGGAAGAAAGCGUGGACAAAGAAAAUAAAAACAGCACUGACGAAGAAGGUAAUAUUAAACCUAUUUUAAGAAGAAAAACGGCCGAAGAAACACUAAAUUUUGAAGACGAAACUCAAGUAGAGAUUGAAAGUUUAGAACCUAAUGAAAAUUUUGAAUUUUUAGCAAAAUUAAAUCAUGUCAAACUGGAAAAAUCGGAAAAGGUUUUAAAUGAUAGUAUAAAUAGGGCUAAGAAGUAUGCUAAAUUUUUAGGUAUUGAAGACACUACCAACAAAACAAAUAGCAACAAAGUAUCUAAAAAGAAAAAGAAAUUUAGAUAUUUAACCAAAAAUGAAAGAAGAGAAAACCAAAGAAAAGCCAAUAGGAAUAAAUAUAGAAAAUAA